AUGGGAAGUAAGUGUUGUAAAAGUGAUUCUUAUCGUGCAGAAAUGCUUAGUGAAAUUAAAAAUUUUAAUUUUAAUGAUCCUAAAUAAGAAUUUCCACUUGAAUAAAGAGUUAUCAGAGAACUAAUGUUAGACACAAAAACAGUAUACUAAUUGUAAAUAUGUUUGAAAAAAUUUUUACUUGAGAAUGCAUUUUUAAUAAAGGAAGAGAAAAUUUAAGUACAAGAUAAGGGAAUAACUUCAAGAAUAUCAGCACCACCAUUAUUAGAUUAAGUUUGGCAAUUAUCAAUUUUAUAUUCAUAAAAUUAUAUUGCAAUUUGUAAAAUGCUUGUAGGAUGUAUUAUUGAUAGAGAUUACAAUUAAUAAAAUAUACAUUAGAAUAUUCUUAAAAAGAUGUUACCUGAUUAUGAUGAUAAAAUGUAUUAAAUAGAAUCUGAAUUUAUAAUUUGGAUAAAUUCACAUGAAUUAGAAUAAGUAAUGAUGGAUAUCCACAAUUUUAUAGUAAAUGAAGAAAUUUUAUCAUUUGAAUUGAUAUUGAAUUUAAUGAUGUAGAUGAAAUUGUCAUUAUGUAAAAAAGAAACAAAUAAGUUUUAAAUAAAAUAAAUAUAAGAUAAGAAUAUUGAUAUUGUAUUCAAGAAAAUACAGCAAUUAAUACCUAAUGAAUUAGAAUUGAUAAUAAUGCAUAAAUAUUGUUUAAGUUAACAAUUAGCUAAACAAUAUAUUUAUGAAUAUUGUCAUUUUAUGACAAUGUUAAAAUACUCUCAANAACACCUUUGA